UACUACUACAUGUUUACAUCCUAGAACAGAAUUAAUCCUAUCGUAUGUAUAACCAUAACAAGUACAUGCAUGAUUUGCUAUGGAAUUCACACCUAAAAAACGCUGGGUUGUUUUAACUCAUGGUUGAACUUAAGAAAUAUUUAUUGGGUUUGUCCAUAUAUGACCCAACCUAUGUUUAAAGAAAUCAACAUUUUUCAGCAUGAAAAAAUGUGUGCAUAAGUUUAUGUAUGUUAUAAAACUCAUGCCCCAGGUUAUGACAUAAGCAGUAUCUAGUUCAGCCCCCUCUAAAGAUGCAAAUGAAUGAAUGACACACCCAGUAAAUUCAUACAGGUCUAGAGCUCAUUGAAGGGGAUAUCACGCGAGUCAGUCUGAUCGGCGCGUAGACGGUGGGUGUGUCACUAUGCAUAAAUACAUCACGCGUGGGUUCAUUCUGACGUAAAACACUCGGGAAACCCAUUAGCACCCACUUGUCUUCUUAACUGCUAUUGUAUUUCAUAGGUUGUUCCGUGAAAUGUCCUUCCUUAAAAAUCUCGCGCUCCUGCUGUUCCUCACUUGCCUCUCGCAGCUGAUCUUCACUGCUGAGAGCGUGAAGGGUCCUGAAAGAAAAGGGAAGCAAGAGAGACGAGGUGAUGGCAAUCUUCCCGUCUUCAAAGGAAAGUUUAAAACCAGUGACAAGGUGCAAUGCUCGUGGGUGGCGCGCGGGGAGGACACGUCCACCUUAACCGUUACGUGCAAGCCUGGAAAACGGGACGGUUUGACUUGUAAUUACACUGGCAAACCCGCGUCGUGUCCUGCAUAUGCGUCUAACCCCGAGAACUAUUGGAAACAGAUAAGCAGGUCGCUUAAGAAACAGAAGAAACUUUGCGUCGAUCCACGCUCGAUGCUGAGAGCUGGCAUGUGUAAGAGCGCGCCAAUUGAUGCGCAUUUCAGACUAUCCCAAACGGAACACGCGAAGUCACCCAAGAAACCGAUAAAAAAUAAAGAGGUUAAAACAACUGCAACGACGCCGGACAGCACGCGCAAGUGCACGCCGCACACCGAUCACAGCAAGAUCGCCAAAGAGAAGUGCGGAGAUUCCUGGGCGAGUCUAUGCACGUUCGUUUUUACUUUAAUCCAGAACGGAGACUGUUAAGUGUUUAUUGACUGUGUGUUACGUCAGAUAAAGUAUUUUACAGGAUUUUUCGUCGUUUGCUAAGUUUUUCUUUUGUUUUUCUGCGAUUUUUCUAUUAAAUGGAUGUUUAAAUAAACAACAUAUUUUCAAA